AUGAAGCUUUCUCUUCACUACUUCUUCCUGCCGCUGCUAUGUCUCCCAGGAGCCUUAGCCUGGGGAGCUCUGGGUCACGACACCACGGCACAUCUCGCCAGCCACUUUGUUUCCUCGCCAACCAGGGACUAUCUCAAACGUCUUCUACGUGACCAAGGCGACGACUACCUUGCCAAAGUAGCCACGUGGGCGGAUCAGAUCAGGGGCCUGGAGGUAUGGAAAUAUACCGGCAACUUCCACUUCAUCGAUGCCCACGACGACCCUGCCGGCGGCUCGUGCCAGGUCGACUAUGCGCGGGACUGCAAGGAGGGAGGGUGUAUUAUCAGCGCGUUGGCCAACUACACUGACCGGGCGCGUGACAGAGCCCUGCCUCGGAUAGAGCGCGAGAGGGCGUUUAAAUUCCUGGUCCACUUCAUCGGGGACUUGCACCAGCCGUUGCACAAUGAAGAUGUCGCAAGAGGUGGAACGCAAAUCAGGGUCCGGUGGCAGAAGCGCCAAUAUAACUUGCAUGCGGUUUGGGAUACCAGUAUCCUCGAGGAAAUCACACAACAUUUGGGCAAAGAUCCAAUGUCGACUGCCAUCCGGUGGGCAGAUGAACUAGCCAGGGAGAUUAGCAGUGGCAAAUAUGCGGCCGACAAGAAAGGGUGGCUGGAGAAUUUCCACCCUGGGAGUCUGAAUGUGACUGCCAUGGCGUGGUCGAAUGAAGCCAACCAUUAUGUGUGCACACAUGUCUUUCCGCCUGGACUAGGCCCCAAGCAAAUUACGCAGAAGAAUCUGUUCAGUAAUGGAUACUACCAACAAGCUGCUCCGAUUGUCGAGCGGCAAAUUGCUCGUGCGGGUUUCCGGAUGGCUGCGUGGCUAGAUGAUGUUGUCAAGUCGAUCCAGGCCGAGGAGGGCAGCAAUGAGACAGUUGACGAUGAGUUGUGA